AUGUCUACAUCCAAUCUUGCCUUUAUGAAGGCAAAGGCAUGCACAGAAAUUGUUGCAGAGCUAAUUGCCUCUGAAAACCAAAACAAGGUUAUCAACUUAAACGCGUUAAAGAUGAGAAUUUCGAAGAAACAUCAAUUGCCAGAGUCCCCCAGACUAACCGAUAUUAUUGCUGCGAUUCCCCCAGAUGCAUAUUUAAAGGAUUCGUUAAUGAGAAAGCUGCGGGCGAAACCAGUGCGAACGGCAUCCGGUAUUGCAGUCGUUGCUGUAAUGUGUAAGCCUCACAGAUGCCCUCAUAUUGCGAUGACGGGUAACGUAUGCGUUUACUGCCCGGGAGGACCAGACUCUGAUUUUGAGUAUUCGACGCAAUCAUAUACUGGUUACGAACCAACCAGUAUGCGAGCCAUUCGUGCUCGCUAUGACCCUUAUGAACAAGCAAGAGGGCGUGUAGAGCAACUUCGUUCUUUGGGCCACAAUGUUGACAAAGUUGAGUACAUUGUUAUGGGCGGUACGUUUAUGUCUUUGUCCGAAUCGUAUCGCCAUCAUUUUAUUGCCAAUCUCCAUAAUGCUUUGUCGGGUGCCACUACCGAGGAUGUGGAUGAGGCAGUUCGUUUUUCUGAGCAAUCAGAAACUAAAUGCGUAGGAAUUACUAUCGAGACCAGACCAGACUAUUGCUUGGACCAACAUCUUGAUGAAAUGCUUCGUUAUGGCUGCACUCGUCUUGAGGUGGGUGUUCAAAGUGUGUAUGAAGACGUUGCUCGAGACACGAACCGUGGUCAUACAGUAAGGGCUGUAUGCGAGACGUUUCAGCAGGCAAAAGAUGUCGGGUACAAAGUCGUAACUCACAUGAUGCCUGAUUUGCCAAACGUAGGUAUGGAACGAGACAUUUUCCAGUUUCAAGAAUAUUUCGAAAACCCGGCUUUUCGUACUGAUGGACUUAAACUCUACCCCACUCUUGUGAUUCGUGGUACCGGACUUUAUGAGUUGUGGAAGACGGGUCGCUACAAAAACUAUACCCCCAAUGCCUUGGUAGAUUUAAUUGCACGAAUUUUGGCUCUUGUACCCCCUUGGACAAGAAUUUAUCGUAUUCAACGAGAUAUCCCUAUGCCUUUGGUUAGUUCGGGGGUUGAAACUGGUAACCUUCGAGAAUUGGCCUUGAACCGAAUGAAAGAUUUGGGCACCAAAUGCCGAGAUAUCCGUGCACGAGAAGUUGGUAUGCAGGAAGUCCAUCACAAAAUUCAUCCUGAACAAGUCGAGUUGCUUCGUCGUGAUUACACUGCCAACGGAGGUUGGGAAACAUUCUUGUCGUAUGAAGAUCCCAAGCAAGAUAUUUUGAUUGGCUUACUUCGUCUUCGGAAAUGCUCCGAAGCAACUUAUCGUCCGGAAUUAAAACCACAACAGACUUCAUUGGUGCGUGAGUUGCACGUUUACGGUAGCGCAGUUCCUCUACAUAGUCGUGAUCCAAAGAAGUUUCAACAUCAAGGAUUCGGUACAUUGUUGCUGGAGGAAGCCGAACGGAUAGCCCGUGAAGAGCAUGGCAGUGAAAAAUUGAGUGUAAUUUCCGGUGUUGGUGUACGCAAAUAUUAUCGUAAGCUGGGCUACGAGUCGGACGGACCUUAUAUGUCGAAAUGGCUUUGA